UCAAGGCGCCCGAUUCAGUGCUUCUCGCGGCGGCAAAGUGUUCGUACGUACGGACCAGAGUCGGCCCUUUAAACACACAUAGCACAGCACAGAAGGGGUUUACAAACUUGACGGACCAUUCGUGCUGUUUCUGUUGUUGAUUUCGGUCCAUCGCACACCAUCAAUCCCGAUUUGUUCCAACCUGUGGGCACAUCCGGCCUGAUCCGAGUGACGUUGUAUUCCAGUGUGUCGUGUACCAAUCUCUGAAAAGAGACUCUGUGGAAUCGGAUUUAGUAGUUGUCAUUGGAACCAAUCAUUUUUUGCGAACACCGUCCAAACCAAAUCACAGAAAUUUUGUUGUUGAUCAAUUUUGUGCUGUCGUCAAUCAUCAAAUUCUCCUUGUCGUUGAUUACCGUCGAAAACAAGUUGACAAGUGAAGGAAUGGUGUUGUCAAUCCGUUGCCCUUACCGCGUGGCCGGCGUGAAUACAUCGAGUGUGUACUGACCGGUUACCGGAACAAGUUUCGGGAUGCGUUUGAACGAGUGCUCAUCUUUUUAAAAUAAAAAAUAAAAAAUAAUAAUAAAAAAAAGAACAAAAUCAGUUUUCGACUGUAUGGGAUUUGUUUGUUUUCUGUUCUCGUUGUGCGUUUACCUGAAUCGAAACCCAAAUAGUUCGAUCGUUAAGUUGCCACAUUUUGGUGAAGAAAAGAAAAUCAGUGAUUUAGUGAUCCACCAAGAUGCCGAGGAAGAAACAGGACUGUCCAAAGCGCAUGAAAUGGGAGGAAGAAUUGGCGGCGGCAGCGGCAGCGCGUGAAGCGGCAAUCGCAGCCGGAUUACUCGAUCCAAACCAAAUAGUAGAUGAAUUCGAACCCGAUCCGGAUCAGAGCCAAGAUUCCGGUUCGUCUUCUUCAUCGCCAGCACGGGAUGACGUGGACGAAGACGAAGCAUUGAAAGAAGAGAAACCUAAGAAAGGAAGAGCUUCGCCACUUUCGCGGGGAUCCAUGAGCCCCGGCCGGAACAGCCCGGCACCAAUCAUGAGCGAUCCUACUUCGGCCGCAGCCGCGGCAGCGGCUGCGGCGGCCGCUACUAACCUGCAAAAUCUGCAGGCCUUUUUGGCCGCUAGCGCUGCUUUCCCGGGACUGUUAUCUCACGGCGGAGCGGCUGCUGGACUCUUGGCCGGCCUACCGGGGGGUUUGCAUUCAGCUCUGGCCAUGCAGGGAUUUCAGGGACUGCAAGGUCUACAAGGUCUGCAAGGUUUGUUUGGCUCUCUUCCGGCCGCCGCGGCGGCCACCAAACAUUCGACCAAUGUCAUGUCUCCGCCAGCCGGUGCCAUCCCAUCUCCGGGAGCCGGACGCAACGCUGAUAUUUCCAGCAUCAUGGAUUUCAGUAACAAACGGCCCGCUGGUGUCGGCAUCAAACUGGAGAAAGGAACGGAAUCCGAAAUGGCUGACGACGCCCCUCCAGCACCCCGUCGCAGAGCUGGCGGUGAGUCAUCUCCUUUGGAUUUGAGCUCGUCCGGUGUCCGGAAGCGAGACCGUUCGUCAGGCGGUUCUACAGCCAGCGUCGGCCCAGCCGAGAAACGCCGCUCCGAUUCGAUAUCGGCAUCGGCUGGAUGGAAGUCGGCUGGCGUCUCUCACACGCCCGAUGCCUGGAAUGGCCACCACAAAUCCGGGGUCGAUGCAAAGAGUUCGUUCGCUAGUCCACCGGACGCCUCGAAAGCUCUGGAACGGAUGACGGAAUUGAGCCGCCUAUCUGGCGAAUCGAGAGCGGCAGGGGCCGGUGGUGGGCGUCAAUCGGCGUGGCAAAGCCAUUGGCUGAGCAAAGGAGCCGACACAGCCAAAGACGUCCUCAAGUGCGUCUGGUGCAAACUCAGCUUCGAAACGUUGGCCGCGUUGACGACGCACAUGAAGGAAUCCAAACAUUGCGGAGUCAACGCCAGUCUCAUGUCUUCAGCAUCCAGCGCUUCGGGCGCGGCUGGAUCGGUCAAUUCCUCUCCGGUGGCGUCGUCACCUUCGUCUUCGUCGCAGCCGCAUCACCAGCAGCCGCAAGCGUCACCGUCGUCCCAUCAGUCGGAACGGGAUCGUCUUCCGGCCGCCGCCGCCGCCUCUCAUCCGCCCUCCUCGUCGGCUUCGACGACCACGUCCGGCAGGGGGCAUCACUCGAGCAACAGCAAUAAUCACGAUCUAUUGCUCAAGGAAUCGGGCCAGGUGCAGCUGCCUCGUAAAUUAGUUCGCGGCCAGGACGUCUGGCUGGGCAAAGGAGCCGAGCAGACGCGUCAGAUUUUGAAGUGCAUGUGGUGCGGUCAAAGCUUCCGCUCGCUGGCCGAGAUGACCACGCACAUGCAACAGACGCAGCACUACACGAACAUCAUCUCGCAAGAGCAGAUCAUCUCGUGGAAAGCGGCUGACGGCGAAGGUGGCGCCACCGGGAGCGGCGGCAAAGGAUCGAGCGGAUCGGGCGCCAAUCACGGCCAACAACAACAACAGCAGCAUCACGGCCAGCAGCAGCAGCAACAACAACAGCAGCAACAGCAGCAACAGCAGCAAACGCAACAGCAAUCGCACGUCAACGCCGUGCUGACGUGCAAAGUAUGCGACCAGGCGUUUGCCAGUUUGAAAGAAUUGAGUUCGCACAUGGUGAAGAAUUCGCAUUACAAAGAGCACAUCAUGCGAUCCAUCAGCGAAAGUGGUGGCCGUCGGAGACAGGCCAGGGACAAACGUAAAAAAGCGCUGCCCGUUCGUAAGUUACUGGAACUGGAACGAGCCCAGCAAGAAGCUCGAUCGUUAACUCAGUUGCAGCAACAGCAACAGCAGCAAAUGAUUCCGGCCCAGCAUCACCACCAAGGUCUGACUGAACAACAGAAAGGUGGCGGCCACACGGGCCGUAUCAGCUGCGAGAAGUGCGGCGAAAAGAUCGAGACGAGCUGCUUCGUCGACCACAUCCGACAGUGCGUCGGCGGAAGUGGCCAGUUGAUGCGCGCCGGAAGCAAGAGCAGUACUCCAUCACCUUCGGUUGGCCUUCCUAAAUCAGAGGCGAUGAACGGAUCCGGUGGCAAGACACCCAAGUCAAACCGGCAUCAAUCUCAUGCGUCGCCGAGGGCUAGUCCGAUGAGCGUCGGAUCAGGCCACGGCAGCGACGCGCCACCGGCCCCUGCCGUACCGGCAGCCUCUUCUACUCCGACGAAAGCCGAUGGAUCGCCAUCGGUUCUCAACGCAAUCGAGAAACUCAUCGAGAAAAGCUUCGACGCUGGCCAGGGCGCCAGCGGAGGCAAAGCCAAAGCGGCUGCCAACAACGCGACCGGAUCGAACAUUUUGCGCCGACUGGGCAUCGACGAGAGCUUAGACUAUUCCAAACCGUUGAUGGACCCGAUGAUGACAGUCAACAUGCUACGCCUUUACGGCUACGGACAGGCCGCCAGCAAUCAGCAGAGAGAGCGGACAACUAGCGAGGCCAGCAGCAGCAAUGCGUCGGCCGCGGCCAGCAAUGGCGACCCUUCGUCGCAUCCGGCGGCCCAGCAGAGAGACUCUGGAAAAUCGACCCCGCGAUCGGCCAAUGGAUCGCCGCUUCGCAGCCGCAGUCCGAGUCAGAGUCCUAGCGGAGUGGCUCAUCGUCGGAGACGGAAGGAUCCGUCCCCAUCGCCCGUUUCUCCGGCCAUGGAGGCUGACAUCAACCCGUCCAGUCCGGCGGCUAGUUCCGUUGUUAGCGAACGCUCUUUGCGUUCCACCACGCCGGCCACUCAGCUGAGUUCUCCCGACGCGGCUGGACGGCGCAGUCAGAGCCAAACACCAACCGAUGUGCAACCUGUUCGAUCCAGCCUGAACGCCCUGUCUUCCAUGUUCGAGGGCCUUUCCUCGGCCGCGGCAGCGUCUUCCUCGGCUGCAACUUCUUCUGGUGGCGGCGGAGGAUUCAAUCCGCUGGCCGCCCUGCAAAAGCUGUGCGACAAAACGGAAACGCACAGCCCGUCUUCGAGCGGCCGUCCCAAUUCUCUUGGCGGUGCGGGAAGCAGCGCUGGCGGAUCGAGCGCCAGUGGCGGUGGCUCUGGCAGCUCGGCCACCAGCUCAGCGGCUACCAAUCCGGGGGCCAUUUUGGCUUUCAGUUGGGCCUGUAACGACGCCGUCAUGACCGAUUCGAUCAUGAAGUGUGCCUUCUGUGAUACCCAGUUCAUUUCCAAGGGCGCCUACCGACACCACCUGUCCAAGAUGCACUUUGUCAAGGACGCCGCCGGCGGGAGUGCAUCCGCUCCGACCCCGAAGGCCGCCUCAUCGGGCGGCUCUUCGUCAGCCGCCAAUUCAGCCGCUGCUAAGCACUCGGCGGCAGCAAGCGGAGGCGCCAACGCCGCGUCCACUGCCGCCAGUCCCCAACCGCCUGCAGGAAGCAACAGUUUCGAGAACGAGAGCCCUCAUUCCAAAUUCCUCAAGUACACCGAGCUGGCCAAGCAGCUCUCCAGUAAAUACGUUUGAUGGCCGUCGUGUUUUUUUGGUUUUUUUUUCAUCACCCACCCGUUACCUUUUUUUUUUAACGUCGCUAAAUGCACCACCUGAUGAUUACACACACAUACAAAAAUGAUGGACAACAUUUUUGGCCGACGUACCGUGACUGUGGGGGUACCUGCUGUCGUAACUGUGAAAAUGCGCAAAAAAAAAAGCAAACACGCGCGAAAAAGAAGAGAAAGUUUUUUUGUGUUUUGUUUUUGCCUGGGAAUUGAAAAAGAAAAUGAUACAAAACAAAAGGACGUAAGAAACAAACAAACAAAAAAAAAAAAGGCACAAAAACCAAUAAAGCAAAAAAACGUAGAGCAUCUUGUCAUAGGUUUAGAUCUCCCUCUUUCUUUCAUUUUUGGCCUUUCCUAUCCUUCAUCAUUACGUGUUACAUUUUAUACACGUAGUGGGGCCCUUUUGGCGUUUUUUCGUGACUCACGUCUCAUCACGUGCCUCUCCCGAUUCCUCAUCCAUUAAAAAUCUAAAGAUUUGAAAACAAGCAAAACAAAAAAAACGAAAGAUCAAACAAAUUAAAUUAAUAAAAGAGUAAUUAAACAAAACAAAAAAUUACGGACAAAAAAAAAUUAUAUUAGUUAAUCACGCUCAUUGACCGGCUGUCGGUUGAUCAUCAUGUCAUACACACACACACACACACACCAUAGGGCAAAGUAUGGCGUUCUCAAUCUUCUUGUUUCUCUCCUUUUCUUCGUUUUCUUUGCCUCUUUGCUUAUUUCGUUUAUUGUAAAAAAAAAAAGGGAAGAAGAAACGAAGAAGGAAAAGAAAAAAGAAAAAAGAACGUAACAAAAGGGUUGACGUCCAUAUGAAGAGAAAUAUGAUAGAGGAGAAGAGGAGGGCCGACGAGGAGGGAGGUGGACUGGCGCGCAGGGUUCUAAUCGCAUGCUGUCGGCCGGGUGAUUUACACGCCGGAGCGUCACUAUAAAUCCGGCCGACAAGUUAUGAAUGCCGCCGCUAGGUACUCUUCUUCGUCGUCCGUCCUUUACAGGCAUCCUUCAAUCUUCAAAGGGCCAAAGCAGCAAAACAUUCUCUCUCUUUCUUGCCCUUCUCUUCUCUACCAUUCUUCUUCUUCUUUUUUUCUUCUUUCGACUCACACACACACACACACACACACUCUCCCUGCCUCAUUCUAUCCAUCCCUUUUUUUUUUUUAAACUCCCGCACCGAAAGGCGAACGAGAAGCGCGAGGAGGAGUACAGGGGAAGGUGAAAUUAAUCAUAAAUUUUCCGAGGCAAAUAAAUAAGAAGAGGAAGGGGGGGGGAAAAAAAUGUUCCUCUUCUUUUUUUUUUUGUUUCCUUUUCUUUUUUGCCUUGAACAUGAUGAUGAUGAAAAAAAAAAUGAAAGGUAAUAAAGUUCAAGAAGAAAGAAAAGAAGAAGAAGAAAAAAAAAGGGGCCUCUGCAUGAAGUCCAAGCCAACAAAUCAAAGCGCUGGACGGGCAUCUCUUCUUGAUUUUUUCUUUUUUUUUCGAGGUUUGCUCCGGCUCGCUGGCCCAACCUAAAAAAGCGCGCAUACAUAUAAAUAUAUACAUAUUACUACUACUACUAUUACUACCACUACUAUAUAUAUAUAUAUUAUAUAUAAAGUUAUACAUAAAUAUACCCCCUUUGGCUUGAUUUGAGCCGGUCAGAUUUUCUUUUCUUUUUCUUUUUGAUACCCGAAGUCACGGCCGUUCGACGUACAGUAAUUCGUUUUGUGUGUGUGUGUGUGUGUGUUGCUGUUGUUCUGUUUUCCGUUUGGAGGGUUCAGUCUCUCUCUCUCUCUCGCUCGCUGACAGAAGGGCAAUAUUACUAUUACCUACUAUUAUUGCUACAUGUAUAUUUUCAUUGGUCUAUGCCGUUGCGUUCUUGUUUCACCGUUUAAAAAAAAAAAAAAACUAAAAGGAAAAAAAACGGCCCUGUCUUUAUGUCGAAAAAAAAAAAUGAUUCCACACACAGACACACAACAAACGGCUGCGAGCUGUUUGUGGUUGCAUCAUACACCCACUGUUCCAUUUGUCAUCUUUCGUUUUCUCGCUGCUUCACCGAAAAUGUCACUCGCUCCCUCUCUCUAUCGUCUGCCAGAUAUGAACAAGAGCAACGAAAGAAGAGGGAAAGAAAUGAAAAAUCAUUUAUACAUAUAAAUAUACAUAACAUAAUACAUGACGUGCACACAAUCAAUCGGUUUUUGGAGAAAUGUCUUUGUCUCCUGUAUUGGACAACCCCCCACCCAAUCUCUCUCUCUCUGGCUGUCUGGGCGUUUUUCUUUUUUUUUUUGUGGUCUUCUUUAGUGUGUGUGUGUGUGUGUGUGUGUCACCCCAAUCGUUCGCUCGUCUAUUUACAAACAAACAAAAAAAAUCUAUUCCAAUUGAUUCUUCCUUUUUUUUUUUAAUUCUUUUGUCUCUCCUCUUCAUUCUCUCCAUUUUGGUGUGCGCAAUGAUGAUGAUGAACUAUGACGUAAUUCACCUGCGUGCGUGAUCCCACCUGGCAACCACACACGAAAAAAAAUAAAAAAAUAAAAAAUAAAAGGAAGGAAAUUAAUGAUCCCGGUUCCUAUAUAUAUAUAUAUACAUAUAUUUUAUCUCUUUUAAUUUAUCCGUGCGUGAGUGUGUCUACUUGUGUGUUACCGGACUGCCCACCUUCCUUCGUUCUUGUCUCUAAUGAUUCUGAUGAUUCUUUGCUCUUCCUUUUUAUUAUUUUGUGUUUUUUUUUUUUUGUGUGCCACUGGCUGCAAAUCGUUUGGAUUGUAUUAGUUUUUUUUUUCUUUUCUCCCCUCUUUUGUUUUCUUUCAUUUGUUAUCGACUCUUUCUGGUGAAAAAUUCCAAUCUCUUUCAAAUCAAAUACGUACCGUACAUUGAAUCAAUAAUACGUGCAAAGAUGUCUUUUGUCUCAUUUUUUUUAUUUCUCCCUGCCCAUCCUAUUCCCCCCCCCCCUUACAUAUGAUUAUCUCCCUAUUGAUCUAUUAUUAUCUGUUCCCUCCCGCUAUAUUAUCUCCCUUUUACGUAUCUUUUUUUGUUCUCUCUCUCUCUCUCUCUCUCUCAAAAAAUGAUCAGUAUUCGUUGCUUGAUUGGACAUGUUGGAUUUUUUUUUUUAAGUGUUUCCCUUUUUAUUUUCGAUUUAUUUUGCGAGCGCCAUCUUGUUUAUUACACAUGACUGAAAAAAACAAAAGAAAACAAAACAA